ACUAAGAAGGAGCAAUUAACAUGGGAAAGACGCCUCAGCAUUAUUGAAGGAAUCGCUCAAGGGCUACUUUACCUUCACAAGGUUUCAAGAUUGAAGAUAAUACAUAGAGAUUUGAAAGUUAGUAACAUAUUACUCGAUGAAAACAUGAAUCCCAAAAUUUCUGAUUUUGGUAUGGCCAAAAUUUACAAGCAGAGUGUAUUAGAAGCUGCUACAAAUAGAGUUGUUGGGACGUAGUAAGUAUAGAAUUAAUUUAUUUAAUCAUGUUUUGAUGUGUAUAAAGUUUAAUUCUCUCAAGUUUAUUUCUCAUAAUGUACUUACACUAUUUUUCUAUGUUGUUGGUAGUGGUUACAUGGCUCCUGAGUAUGUCAUAAAGGGAAUAUUCUCUGUUAAAUCUGAUGUCUUUAGCUUUGGAGUACUAAUACUUGAAAUCUUGAGUGGCCGAAAGAACAGCAGUUUCAAUCACAUUGAAGGUCCACUUAACCUAAUAGGAUUUGCGUGGGAAUUGUGGAACAAUGAUGAUGCUCUAGAGCUUGUGGAUCCAACUCUAAGGGGUUCAUGUAUUGAACAACGGUUGCUAAUUAGAUGCAUCCAUGUCGGUCUCUUAUGUGUAGAAGAUCGUGCAAUCGAUAGGCCAACUAUGUUGGAAGUUGUUUCCAUGUUAACAAAUGAUGGUGUGGCUUUGCCAAUGCCCAAGAAACCAGCAUUUUUAACUGGAAGCGGGGUGGUUGAGGAAGAUUUGCACAAAAGAAAGUCGGAAAAGUAUUCAGUAAAUGGGGUUUCUAAUUCUGCAAUACAUGCGAGAUAAAGCCAUAGCUUUUGUAACAUAACAUUAAAAGGGGUCCUUUAUAUAUUGCAGAAAAAAGAAAAAGAUAAAUAUAACUAACUAGAUAUUGCAUAGAAUGUUUUUCUAGAACUGACAUUAUUGAAGAGAAUGCUAU